UAGCCAUCUGUUCCCAACAAUCAUCCUUGCUGUUGGCAUGGCAUUUGUUUAGCAAGUCUUUAGUUCCUGUCUGACAAGCUACAUUAGGUACUACAAGGUCGAUGAGUUUUCAACAUCUACCAUAAUGUGGAAGAGAAAUUUCAUCUUUUAUUUCCUGCUUUUGCCAACUAUUAUGAGUCAAAUAAUACAGAGACAAAGAAAGAAAGGAUCGAAGUCUAAUUUACAUGCAAGAAAAAAUGAUUUCUGGGACUCCACUUGCUUCAUAGAUAUUGUCUUUAUCGUGGACAGCUCAGAAAGUUCUAAAAUUGUUCUUUUUGAUAAACAGAAAGAAUUUGUAACUAGCCUGAGUGAAGAGAUUUUCCAAUUGACCUCUUCUCACUCUCUGAGCUAUGACAUCAAACUGGCAGCUCUUCAGUUUAGUAGCUCUGUCCAAAUUGAUCCACCUUUUUCUGCUUGGAAGGACCUGCAGACUUUUAAAAAGAAAGUCAAGUCUAUGAAUUUCCUUGGGCAAGGCACUUUCUCUUAUUAUGCCAUUACCAAUGCAACUAGGUUACUUAAAAGAGAAGGACGGAAAGAUGGCGUGAAAGUAGUCUUGCUAAUGACAGAUGGCAAAGACCAUCCAAAGAGUCCUAGUGUUGAAAGUAUUUCUGAAGAUGCAAGAGCUGCAGGAAUAUUAUUUAUCACCAUCGGACUUUCCACUGUGGUUGAUGAAGCCAAACUUCGUUUGAUAUCUGGGGAUGCAUCUGGUGAACCCAUUCUUCUAUUGAGUGAUCCAACCAUUAUAGAUAAUAUUCGGGAUCGCCUGGACAUCUUAUUUGAAAUGAAGUGUGAACGCAAGAUUUGUGAGUGUGAAAAGGGAGAUCCAGGAGACCCAGGACUUCCGGGUACUCAUGGAAACCCAGGUAUCAAAGGUGACCGAGGACCAAAAGGAAACCCGGGUGAUGCUCAGAAAGGGGAGCCUGGAGAAAAAGGCCCAGGGGGAAAUCCUGGGUUCAAGGGUGAAAAGGGUGGACGUGGUGAAUGUGGCAAACCAGGAAUCAAAGGUGACAAAGGAUCCCCAGGGCCAUAUGGAUUAAAAGGACCCAGAGGACUCCAGGGCAUUAGUGGACCUCCAGGGGAACCAGGACCGAAGGGAUUUCAAGGCAGUAAGGGGGAGCCAGGUCCUCCUGGUCCUUACGGUCCUCCAGGAACCCCUGGAAUUGGACAGCAAGGUAUUAAGGGGGAAAGAGGCCAGGAGGGAAGAAUAGGAGCUCCAGGACCAAUUGGAGUUGGUGAGCCGGGUCAGCCUGGUCCUCGUGGGCCUGAGGGAGCACCAGGAGAGAGGGGUGUACCUGGAGAAGGAUUUCCUGGACCAAAGGGUGAAAAGGGCUCUGAAGGACCAAUUGGCCCACAAGGAUUACAAGGCCUGUCAAUAAAAGGAGACAAGGGGGAUUUGGGACCAGUGGGCCCUCAAGGACCAAUGGGUAUCCCUGGAAUCGGCAGCCCAGGGGAACAGGGAAUCCAAGGACCAAUUGGGCUUCCAGGUCCUCAAGGACCCCCAGGACAAGGCUUACCUGGCUCCAAGGGAGAAGAAGGCCAGAGAGGACCUACAGGCCCUAGAGGGCCAAUUGGAAUUGGAGUACAAGGUCCAAAGGGAGAGCCAGGCUCAGUAGGACCCCCGGGACAGCCAGGAGUGCCUGGAGAAGAUGGAGCAGCAGGAAAGAAGGGAGAGACAGGACUUCCUGGAACAAGAGGCCCAGAAGGCCCACCUGGAAAAGGACCCCCAGGCUCCAAGGGUGAUGAAGGUAAGAAAGGGAGCAAAGGAAAUCAAGGACAGAGGGGAUUUCCAGGGUCUGAAGGGCCAAAGGGUGAUCCAGGAGCAAUCGGCCCCUAUGGGAUGCCUGGAGCAUCAAUUCCUGGUCCACCUGGAACAAAGGGAGAUAGAGGAGGACCUGGGUUGCCUGGAUUUAAAGGAGAACCUGGGCUUUCAAUUCGAGGACCAAAGGGUGUGCAAGGCCCUCCAGGACCAGUGGGUCCUCCAGGACUCAAAGGAGAUGGCUAUCCUGGUGUGUCUGGACCUCGAGGACUACCAGGACCUCCAGGACCAAUGGGUUUACGUGGAGUUGGGGACACUGGUGCAAAGGGAGAACCUGGUGUGAGAGGUCCCCCAGGCCCACCUGGGCCUCGAGGUAUUGGAACCCAAGGGCCAAAGGGUGAUAUUGGGCAGAAAGGUUUGCCUGGUCCCCCUGGUCCUCCUGGCUAUGGACUACAAGGAAUUAAAGGGGAGCAAGGCCCUCAAGGCUUUCCAGGAGUGAAAGGCAUGAUGGGCCGUGGCCUCCCAGGCCAGAAGGGAGAACAUGGAGAACAAGGUGAUGUGGGAAAGAAAGGUGAUAAAGGGGAAAUUGGAGAUCCCGGAUCUCCAGGAAAACAGGGGUUACAAGGACCAAAAGGAGACAUAGGACUUACAAAAGAAGAAAUUAUCAAACUUAUUUCAGAAAUAUGUGGUUGUGGACCCAAAUGCAAAGAGGUUCCAUUAGAGCUAGUGUUUGUGGUUGACAGCUCAGAAAGUGUGGGGCCAGAGAAUUUCCACAUCAUCAAGAAUUUUGUGAAGAUUCUGACUGAUCAGGUAGCUCUGGACCUUGCUCGCAUAGGCAUAAUCAACUAUAGCCAUAAAGUCGAGAAUGUGGCUCACCUGACCCAGUUCUCCAACAAGGAUGAAUUCAAGCUGGCUGUGGACAACAUGCAAUACCUGGGGGAAGGCACCUACACAGCCACAGCACUUCGUGCAGCUAACCACAUGUUCGAGGCUGCAAGACCAGGUGUAAAGAAGGUGGCCUUGGUCAUCACUGAUGGACAGACAGAUAACCGUGAUGCAAAGAAUCUGUCUGAUGUGGUCAAGAAUGCCAGUCGCAUUAAUGUGGAAAUAUUUGUGAUUGGGGUGGUAAAGAAAAAUGAUCCCAACUUUGAAUUAUUCCACAAAGAAAUGAAUCUGAUUGCUACCGACCCAGAUAGUAAACAUGUUUAUCUAUUUGAUGACUUCAUUACACUGCAAGAUACCCUGACACAAAAAUUGUUUAGGAAAAACUGUGAGGAUUUUGAUUCCUACCUUUUUCAAGUUUUGGGUUCACCACUUCAACCUGGAUUGGUGACUUCAGGGGGAGAACUCAGUGAACCUACUCCUGAGCCUCAGAAAGCAAUGCCAGAAUCUGACAAAGAGAACCAACCCACAGAGCUUACUUGGUCUGACAGCCUGGCUGCCACUUCUUCAUCAGAGGGUGCAACAACUCGAGGACCACUACUCAACACCUCAAAAGAUGAGAAAGAAGGUCUGGAAACCCAAACUCCAAGUCCCAUUUUGAUUAUACAGUCAGAAAAAUUGGUGCAUAAAGAUCCUAGAUGUUUGGAAUCCCUGGAUCCUGGAAAUUGUGACAAAUAUGUUGUUCGAUGGUACUAUGAUAAGGACGUCAAUUCUUGUGCCCGUUUUUGGUUCAGUGGCUGUAAUGGUUCAGGAAAUAGAUUCUACAGUAAAAAGGAAUGUCAAGAAAUCUGCAUUCAAGGAUGAGAAAGUAAAUUUAUUUGCAAUGAAUGAUGUCUAUCAAUAAUCUAAGACCCUCUAUAACUUCAAAUAUUUACCCAUUGUAAAUAGCACCAUAUUUGAAUACAAACAGUACUUAUACUUGUAGACAUAAGCUAAUUCUUAUAACUAUCCACCAUUACUCCCUACUUCCAUCCCCCAGGAUGGAGGGAUUAAUAGCUUUUUUAACAGGUGAAAAGCUGAAGGUUCUGAGAAGUUUAGUAAUUUGUUGACUAUCACCCAAUUAAAAAGUGCAGAACUGGAUUAUGACCCAAGACUUUAGAACUUCAAGAUAUAGUCCUUUAUGUGUGGGAUAUAGACUUCCUAAAAGAAUAUCAAAUGUGCAAAGGCAAUAGAAACAAAGAGCAGGAGAAUUGGUAUUCAGUAGGAAGUUUGCCA